AACCUCCCUAUCCCUUUUUCCCAAAAUAAUACAGUACCACAAAUCGAACCAAACCCUAGCUUCUCCUCCCCGAUCCCCAUCCGGCGCCUCGCCGGAACCCUAGCCCAGAUCCGCGGCAACUCCGCCGUACCAGCCAUGGGGACCCUUAGGGAGAUCCUGCCGUCGCCCAAGACGUCGUCCUCCACGUUCUACGACCACAGCAGCGACCCGUGGUUCAAGGAGCGGUACGGCGGGGAGCCCGCGGAGGCGGCGGCGGGGAAGCUAGCGGGCCCCGCCAAGCCCGUGCCUCCCUACGGGAAGCGCACCGGCUUCGUCCCCCGGCGGCCGGAGGACUUCGGCGAUGGCGGCGCCUUCCCCGAGAUCCUCCUCGCGCAGUACCCGCUCGGCAUGGGCCGCCGCGACGACAAGGGCGGGUCCAAGAUCCUCGCGCUCACCGUCGACGCGCAGGGCAGCGUCGCCUUCGACGCCGUCGUCAAGCAGGGCGAGAACGCCAAGAAGAUCGUCUACUCCAAGCACAGCGACAUCGUGCCCAAGAUCGCCACGGCCGACUCCGAAGCCGUCGAGGACGAGGAGUACGAUAAGGAGGUCGAGGAGACCAAAGAGCGUACCGUAGCUGCCCUGCAGAAGAUUGUCAACGUCCGCCUCUCUGCUGCCCAGCCCAAAAACGUUCCGACGCAUGAUUCGGAAUCGAAGUUCAUCAAGUAUAAGCCGUCGCAGCAGUCGGCAGCUUUCAAUUCAGGUGCCAAGGAGAGGAUUAUUAGGAUGUCGGAGAUGGCUUCAGAUCCUCUCGACCCACCAAAGUUCAAGCAUAAGCGAGUGCCCCGUGCAUCCGGGUCGCCGCCUGUGCCGGUGAUGCACUCGCCACCGCGGCCUGUCACAGUGAAGGACCAGCAGGAUUGGAAGAUCCCACCUUGCAUCUCAAAUUGGAAGAAUCCAAAGGGUUACACAAUCCCACUUGACAAGAGGUUGGCAGCUGAUGGGAGGGGGCUGCAGGAGGUUCAGAUUAAUGAUAACUUUGCAAAGCUUUCAGAAGCGUUGUAUGUUGCAGAGCAGAAGGCGAGGGAAGCAGUGCAGAUGCGCUCCAAGGUGCAGAGGGAGCUAAUGCUAAAGGAGAAGGAGAGGAAGGAGCAAGAGUUGAGGGCACUUGCACAGAAGGCCCGCAUGGAAAGGUCUGGUGCUCCACCUCCAUCCACGGGUAUGCCUGUUGGAGGUGGGAGGGAGAGAGAGCGGGAGAGGGUUGAUGAUGGGGAUGCAGAUAUGGAUUUGGAGCAGCCGCGUGAGCAGCGCAGGGAGACUAGAGAAGAGAGGGAGGCGAGGAUUGAGCGUGACAGGAUCCGUGAGGAGCGGAGGCGUGAGAGGGAGAGGGAGAGGAGGCUGGAGGCGAAGGAGGCUGCUGGAACACAUAAAAAGAGUAAGCUCACUAGAGACAGGGACCGUGACGUCGGUGAGAAGGUGGCCCUGGGUAUGGCACACACUGGUGCAAAGACCGGGGAAGUCAUGUAUGACCAGAGGCUCUUUAACCAGGACAAGGGAAUGGACUCUGGUUUUGGUGCUGAUGAUCAGUACAACCUGUAUUCGAAGGGCCUCUUCACAGCACAGUCCAGUAUGUCCUCACUUUACAGGCCCAAGAAGGAUGGUGAUUCUGAAGUGUAUGGUGGUGAUGCCAACGAACAGUUGGACAAGGUUAUGAAGACAGAGAGGUUCAAGCCUGACAAGGCGUUUACCGGUGCUCCAGAGAGGGCUGGCAAGAGAGAUAGACCGGUGGAGUUUGAUAAGCAAGAGGAGGCCGAUCCAUUUGGUCUUGAUCAGUUCUUGACUGAGGUGAAGAAGGGGAAGAAAGCUGUGGACAAGAUUGGUGGCGGUGGAACUAUGAAGGCAAGUGGUGGAUCUUCGAGGGAUGAUUACGAGGGUGGAGGAUCUGGGAGGUCUCGCAUUAACUUCGAAAGAGGAGGGCGUUGAGGUAUUUGCUGUGCACAUUUAUCUUCUGCAAUUUUCAUGUCCUCAGUGCAUUUUCAAAUAUCAUCCUGAAGGAUUUCUUUGGAGAAUAUGAUCCUUCUUACACAAGGAAGCAAAUAUCAUCCUGAAGUAUUACUUUGGAGAAUAUGAUCUUUCUUACAGAAGGAAGAACCUGAUGGUUUAGUUGCUGUGAUAGGGCUGCUUGUUCUAUUUCAACCAUUGUGUUAAACGGUGUACCUACUUAUUAGAUCCUAUGAUGCUUGUAUGCUGUGUAGCUUUGUGACGGGAUCCAUGAACUUUGUCGUUACACAUGUUACAUAGGCUCAUCCAUGUCCUGUUAAUUUCAAAGCUGUAUCGAAGUUGUAAUAUAUGUGGCUGGACUGGGUAUAUGUCUCA